AUGUCGAUGGAGGCGGAGAGUUUAUAUUUCUGCGCAUUAGAAGGGAAAUGGAAUGAGGUUGUGAAGGAAUAUGAAAGCAACGUGAAGAUACACAGGAGAGCAAUCAACAGCACCAAAGACACUGCGUUGCAUGUGGCGGUGAAAGACGGCAGAGCAGACAUCGUGAAGAUGCUGGUACAUCAACUAUCAAUAAGGUCGUCGUUAUCGGCGCUGCAGAUAGGGAAUGACAAAGGCGACACGCCACUGCACUGCGCAGCGUGGAAAGGGUCGCUCGAGAUGUGCGAGUCCAUAGCCCAAGCCCAACCUCAAGGAGCUGACUCCAACUUGAUCGUAGCUCGCAACAAGAAAGGAGAGACGCCGCUCUACUUGGCCGCCCUUCAAGGCCAUACGGAAGCUUUUCUGUAUCUUUACGAUCGUUGCGCGGACAAGUCUGUGGGGCCCUUCCGACGAACCAGGGACGGGGACACCGUGCUUCACUGCACCAUUCGCCAAGACCACUUUGAGUUGGCGUAUGAAAUCAUUGGUCUGUGCGGAGAGCAGAUUGUGGGCUCUGUGGAUGAAAAGGGGAUCACUCCUUUGCACAUCCUGGCCAAUAAACCUUCCGCCUUCGAAAGCAGCAGCAACUUCCGAUGGUAUAACAGGCUUGUCUACAACUGCAUAAUGUUGGAGCCGUUCGUGAUACCGGAACAGCGCUUGAAGAACGAUGGCACAUCCCUGAACCGGUCAGACUCUGCAAAAACCCAGAAGGGUGGUGGGAGCAGAACAACAGCGGAUACAGAGAACCCAUGUGAGGGAGAUUAUGGAUACGAAAAUGUUCCGCCAAAUUAUCGGACAUUCUGUCACAUUUUGAUGCGAGCAGUCACCUGUUUCCUGUGGCUUAUCUUUGGAGCCUUUGGUACGCUCAUCGAUCUCUCCCUAAUAAUUGAUGGACGACAGCCCAGCGUUGUGGUAACAUGUAGGAUUGAUGAUGGUGAUGAUAUCAACACAAAGGGAAAACCAGAUGCUGAUGGCAAUCAGAACCAGCCGGAAGGUAAUAAACCGGAACAGAAGACUUCUCAAAUUGUUCCUGUGGAUAAAAGCAAACAAAAAGGGGGUGAAGAGAAGAAAAAUAAUGGGGACAGGAGGGAGUCGGCAUUAUUUAUUGCGGCCAAGAAUGGAGUAGUCGAAAUAGUGAAAAAAAUAUUGAAGGAUAAGCCGGGGGCCAUCCACGAAAGCAAUGUGCAGGGCCAAAAUGUAUUGCAUGUGGCAGUUGAGUACCGGCAACCCCAUGUUUUUGGGCUCCUCAAGGAGGAGAGAUUGUGGGAUAAUCUCCUUCGAGGCGUAGACAAUGACGGCAACACCGUCCUCCACGUCGCCGCCAGGCUCUCCCAGUAUAAGCCCUGGCACAUCCCUGGUUCUGCCUUGCAGAUGCAGUGGGAAAUCAAAUGGUUUCUGUAUAUCAAGGAUAUCUAUAUCGCGCUCACGCCGCGCUAUGUCCUGUUCCUUCACAACAACCUCGGCGACACCCGUGGAGAUUUUAGAAAAGAUCACGAGGAUCUGGUCAGAGAAGGCGCUGAAUGGCUCAAGAGCACCUCGGAGUCGUGCUCCGUGGUGGCCGCACUUAUUGCUGGCGUCGCCUUCGCCACCUCCACCACCAUCCCGGCGGCACUCAGGAGGAGACAGGCAAGCCAUACUUGGAACGCCACCCGGCUUUCAACGUUUGCGCUCACCUCCCUCCUGGCUCUCCUGCUGCUCCAUCACCUCUCUCAUCAUGUUCCUCUCCAUCCUCACUUCCCGCCAUCAGCCUAG